AUGGAAUGUUUACUAAUAUUUCAAUAUAGUGGAAAGUUUGUUAGGGCAUCUAAAUAUCGUCACGUAUUUGGACAGGCAACCAAGAAAGAAUUAUGUUACGAAAACUUGAAGAUCACAAAGAAUGCAUGGGAUUCCAAUAUUAUUGAUUCCAAUGGGAAAUAUUUAUCCGUCAACUGGGACUCUUCAGGAGGUGGUGCGUUUGCUGUAAUUCCUUUGAGCGAAGUUGGAAAGGCUCCAGAUACCGUUCCUUUAUUUAGAGGCCACAAAGGACCAGUAUUGGAUACUCAAUUUAAUCCAUUCAACCAACAACAAAUUGUCAGUUGUUCAGAUGAUGGUAAGAUUUGCUUGUGGGAGAUUCCAGAGGAUUAUUCAUUUCACAAGUACUUAGAUGAAUCUGAUAAUAUUAAGGAUAUCACUGAGCCAGUUAAAGUACUUUCCGGCCACACUAGAAAGGUGGGACACGUCGAGUUCCAUCCAUGUGCUGAAAAUAUUCUAGCAUCUUGCUCUAUGGAUUAUACCGUCAAAAUUUGGAAUUUGGAUACUGGUAAGGAUGAAAUUACUUUACAACAUAAAGACUUAGUUACUUCGUUAGCAUUUAACUAUAAUGGUUCUUUAUUAGCCACAACUUCAAGAGACAAGAAAAUAAGAAUCUGGGAUAUUAGAUCAGGUAAGGUUUUAUCAGAGGGUCCAGGUCAUACGGGUGCUAAGCCUUCAAGAGUUGUUUGGUUAGGUAAUACUGAUAGAAUCCUCACCACGGGUUUCUCUAGAUUAUCGGAUCGUCAAGUUGGUAUCUGGGAUGUGAAUAACAUUGAAGCAGGCGCGAUCGACGGUUUCCUUGUUAUUGAUUCGUCUUCAGGUGUAUUGAUUCCUGUUUUUGAUGAAUCAAAUAACAUUUUGUAUUUAGCUGGUAAAGGUGAUGGUAAUAUUCGUUACUUUGAGUAUGAAAAUGAUAUUUUACAUGAAUUAUCACAAUUCUCAUCCACUGAUCCUCAAAGAGGUUUUGCCGUUUCACCAAAAUUUUCGGUAAAUGUGAAGGAGAACGAGGUUUUAAAAUCUUUUAAGACUGUUAAUGACAACUCUAUUGAACCAAUAUCAUUUAUUGUUCCUAGAAGAUCAGAAUUAUUUCAGCUGGAUAUUUACCCUGACUGUCCUUCUCAAGACCCUGCUUUAACAGCACAAGAAUUUCUCGACGGUAAGGAAUGUAAUGGGCCUUUAUUAAUGAGUAUGGAAUCAUUAUACGAAGGUACUAAACCAUCUAUCAGGGAAUCAGAUGCUUCUAUUAGCGUUUCUUCUAUCAAAGAAGAAGCAGCCUUAGCCAAGAAGGAAGAGAAGCAAGCAAAGGAAAAAGACUUGAAAGAGAAGAAGGAAUCUCCUAAGGAAGUAAAGUCGGUUGAAAAACCUAAAAAUAAAGAAUUUACGCCGGAAUCAUCUCAAACCCCGAAAAAUGUGGAUGAAUUAUUGAAAUCAUCAGAUGAUGUUAAUGCUUUGAUCAAUAAAGUUAAUGAUGAAUCUGACGAUGAGGGAAAUCAAAAGGCAGAAGAGAAAGAUGAUGAAUGGGAAGAAGUAAAAAAGCCAGAGUUGUCUCUGAAUAAAUCUGCGAAUGAUAAGCAAGCAGAAACUAAGAGAGAAGAAGCAAAGAAAGAACAAGCAAAGAAAGAAGAAGCAAGGAAAGAAGAAGCAAGGAAAGAAGAAGCAAGGAAAGAAGAAGCAAAGAAAGAAGAAGCAAAGAAAGAAGAAGCUAAGAAAGAAGAAGCUAAGAAAGAAGAAGCAAAGAAAGAAGAAGCUAAGAAAGAAAGCAAUAGUUCGUCUACUUCCGCAACAAGCGCCUCGAAGACUACGUCAGGAGGUGGCCCUACCUUGAAAGGUACAGUUGAAAAACUUGCUACAUUAGUGGAAAAGUUAGAAGCUCAGGUCGUUAAAUUAACCGAAGCAGGUUUAGAAAAAGACGCAAAAUUAUCGUCUUUAGAAGGAAAAAUUAACGAAUUACUCAAGAAAUAG